ACAGCUGUCCCCAAGUUUUUCACGUGCCUGGAACUGGACUCCGGACUGGGCGCUAAAAUGCUUGCUUUCGUCCUGUCCAGGUUUCAUAGCAUGUCUGUUGACAAUUGGAAGCCUGGGCCAAUGAAGAGUCAAGUUCGAAGUGGUACUCCUGGGUUCUCCAUCCCAUACUCCAACAAGUGUAACAUGAAACUAGAGAGAGGGGUCUUCUGGUCUAACUAGCAGAUCUCCAUUCUGGAAUUGUCCUUGACCGCUCUCUUAGAUACUUGGACUGCAGUGGCUCCAGGGUUCUCUUGAGCGGGGGUGGGGCUUGCUCUGAAGACCAGACUGCAACACUCAGAACCUCGACAAUGGACCGAGUUUAUGAAAUUCCUGAGGAGUCCAACGUGGAUCCAAUUUCAUCUCUGGAGGAAGAUGUCAUCCGUGGGGCCAACCCGCGAUUCACCUUCCCAUUUGGCAUCCUCUUCUCCACCUUUUUGUACUGUGGGGAGGCUGCAUCUACCUUGUACAUGGUUAGAAUCUAUCGAAAGAAUAGCGAAACAUACUGGAUGGCAUACACUUUAUCCUUCUUUAUGUUUUCAUCCAUUAUGGUCCAGUUGACCCUCAUCUUUGUUCACAGAGAUCUGGCCAAAGACAAGCCGCUAUCAUUAUUUAUGCAUCUAAUCCUCUUGGGACCUGUUAUCAGAUGUUUGGAGGCCAUGAUUAAGUACCUCACACUGUGGAAGAAAGAGGGGCAGGAGGAGCCCUAUGUCAGCCUCACCCGAAAGAAGAUGCUAAUAAAUGGCGAGGAAGUGCUGAUAGAAUGGGAGGUGGGCCACUCCAUCCGGACCCUGGCUAUGCACCGCAAUGCCUACAAACGUAUGUCACAGAUCCAAGCCUUCCUGGGCUCAGUGCCCCAGCUGACCUAUCAGCUUUAUGUGACCCUGAUCUCUGCAGAGGUCCCCCUGGGUAGAGUUGUGCUAAUGGUUUUUUCCCUGAUCUCUGUCACCUAUGGGGCUACCCUCUGCAAUAUGUUGGCUAUCCAGAUCAAGUAUGAUGAAUACAAGAUUCGCCUCGGGCCAUUAGAAGUCCUCUGCAUCACCAUUUGGCGGACAUUGGAGAUCACUUCCCGCCUCAUGAUUCUGGUGCUCUUCUCAGCUACCUUGAAACUGAAAGCUGUGCCAUUUUUACUGCUUAACUUCCUGAUCAUCCUCUUUGAGCCCUGGGUUAAGUUCUGGAGGAGUGGUGCCCAGAUGCCCAAUAAUAUUGAGAAAAAUUUCAGCCGGGUUGGCACCCUGGUGGUGCUGAUCUCCAUCACUGUUCUCUAUGCGGGCAUCAACUUCUCUUGCUGGUCAGCUUUGCAGCUGAAAUUGGCAGACAGGGACCUUGUUGACAAAGGCCAGAACUGGGGGCAUAUGGGCCUGCACUAUAGUGUGAGGUUCGUAGAGAACGUGGUCAUGGUUUUGGUUUUUAACUUCUUUGGAGUGAAAGUGUUGCUGGAUUACUGUCAUUCCUUGAUUGCUUUGCAGCUCAUCAUUGCUUAUCUGAUUUCCAUUGGCUUCAUGCUCCUUUUCUUCCAAUACUUGCACCCAUUGCGCUCACUCUUUACCCACAACGUAGUGGACUACCUCCAUUGUGUCUGCUGCCGUCGGCACCUUCGGGGCAGGAUUGAGAACUCGGAGCUACCCUGUGAUGCCCAAGCAAGGCAAAGCAUUGUCUGAGAUUCUAUCUUCUGGGUCCUUCGGGAUAGGCUGGGGGUGGCCAAGACAACUUUGAAAUUGAAGGAGAGGAUGAAGCUCAUAGCAACACUGCCCUUACUCCUCUUGAGAAGCUGACUCCUGAUUCUAAAGCAGGCCACAGGAUAAGGAUGUGGAAGAAUAAUGACUUUCCCCGUACUGUCACAGUCCUGAGAGCCUAAGUCAACAUUCAGUGCCCUUUCAGCGAGCCUGUUCCUGCCUGCACCUCUCUAGGUGAUGGUCCUCAGCAUUCAGAGUUGAUUGCUACUUCCAGGGUAAGGGUGGUGUGAGCAGCUGAAGGGUAGAACAUUCACCGGGACAUUCCAUCUAAACCUGGGGAGUUCCAGGGUACCUGGCUGGCUCAGUCCGUGGAGCCUGCAGUUCUUGAUCUUGGGGAUGUGAAUUCGAGCCCCUUGUUGGGUGUAGAGAUUCCUUAAAAAGAAAAUGUUAAACAAACAAAACCCAAACCCCUGUGGAGUUCCAUUUCUGAAAAAUCCUUUAGUAUAAAGCAAAGGACUCUGGACCCUCCGAAAUAUUUAUCUACCCAAGAGUGGGGAUCCUCAUUCUAUGAAACUUUUGCUAUUGGGCUUCAUUACUAUCUUCAGGGGACACACAUGUGCAGAAUCUUACCCUUUCCUCUUGAAGGACCAACACCAUUAGUCAUACACUUUAGGUCUUAGAGCCUCUGGGGUGCAAAGUGAAAGUAUGAUAUGAGCCUUGGCAACAAAGCACACACCAUGUGAAACCGGGAAGUAGCAAGGCCAACCUGUGUGAGCUAUGGGAACUAAGUGUGAAAACGAUAUACUUUCAUGUAUAGAGAAAAUAACAUCUGAAUAGCACUGUACUAUAUACGAAGAGCAUUGAUACAUACUAGCUCUGUUAACAUUGUAUCAUUGUUGGGACAAGCCCUCUGAGCUGUACAUAUGAAUUUGCAAUGUUCUAACCUUUAAUUUAUUAAACAAUUAUUAAACUCAUUCUGUGCCAGGGAAACCUA